AUAUCUUUGAUGGCGUCUUCACAAAACUGGCCGCGUGGAACCUGACAGACUUUGAGAAGGUCUUGCUCCUGGAUUUGGACAUCAUCCCGUUCCGGCCCAUGGACGAACUCUUCGACCUUCCCUGUCCCGCUGCCAUGGUCCGUGGCCAGGGCGAGAACGACCAUGGCAAGGAGGUGGACGGGAGGAGAUUCUUCGCCGGGGGAGACCACCAGGAGUAUCCUUGGGGGCAAACGGGCGGCAUCAACGCGGGCGUGAUACUUCUGCAGCCUGAUGCUGAGAUCUUCCGGCAGAUGAAUUUGGAGGUGACCUGCAAGAACCAUCCCUGCCACAUCGCAGGGAACGGGCCCGAACAGGAUUACUUGUCGCGCUUCUUCGCUUCAAGGAGGGACUCUCCGUGGCAUCAGAUCAGCGUUGCCUGGAACUACCAGCUGCAUCAGUCGCUCUUCUCUGUUGAGCGCGUCAUCGAGUGGCACCGUUUCAUGGUUACCUCUGGCAAGGAGUUCAGCCAGGCCGAUCUUGACUGGAUGCCGCAGCGGAUGCGCAUGGGUCUGGAGAUGUCCUCUGCACCCCGGCAUCCCAUGGCGAUGAGCCUCCAAAAGUCCGUGGCGCUGCGCCGCCUCCGCGCCGACUGGCGAGAGCUCCGAGAACAUCCCCUCCCAGGGAUUGCAGCUGCACCGCUUGCAGAGAAUCAGCAGGAGUGGCAUGCCAACCUCGCGCCCGAGUCUGGCCAUUAUGCAGGGCUGCUGCUACAUGUGGUCCUGACCUUCCCGGACAGCUACCCAACGGAUCCUCCGAAGGUGCGGCUCUGCACCAGCAUCCCCCACUCCAACGUCAUCCCGUCCGUGGACCAGGAAAAGAAUUUCAUCUGCAUCGACAUGCUGAAGAACUUCUUCUGGAUGGGCGGCGAGGACAGUAGCAGACCCUAUGAGGGAUGGAGCACUGCCUACAGUGUUUCAUCCAUCCUCCUACAGAUACAGUGCUUCUUGUUUGAUGAGUGGGCACAGAACUACGACGGCCGCUACAAGCACACCUUGUGGGAUGCGGUCGUUGAGGAGGGCGGCCACCGAAGGAGUGCCCAGGAGGUGCGGCAGCACCUGCAGCGCGCGCAGGAGGAGGCCGCGGCCCUGACGUGCAGCUGCGGACACUGUGGGACCAAGCCGUGGCCCGAAGUCGAGGUUCGCACGCUCCGGAUUCCUGGCAUCCACUUGGUGGGGGACACUCCGAAAGCGCAUGGAAUCACCUUCCGCAUCGACAGGGUCCUUGCGGACGGCAGGAUGGAGGUGACGCCGGAGGGCGGCCAAUCCCUCACAGUCACGGCCUCGCACUUUGGGCCGGGUCCCUUUCCUUGGAGCCAGGAGCCAGCGAAGAGCCACACAGUCGCCGUUGCGCGAGCCUGCCAAGCGCCGGCCAAAAAGCCGAUCGAAUGUCACCUGCAGCUUUCGGAGGUCGGGAGCUGCAGCACCUUGCUGGAGCCCAGCUCCGAAACCCAUCGGAGCACCGGCAGCUCCCUCUUCAUGCACCCAGUGCACCUUCCACGUCCCCUUGCCAGGGCCAGAAGAUGGCCCCUUUCGCAGCUCCAAGUUGGCAGCGAAGUGCAGGGCCGGGUGGUGCGGCACCGGGACCUCGGCUUCGGCUGCCGUUGCCAAGGUCUCCUCCACUGUCGCCAGGCUCGGGGCCGCGAGCUGAAGGUCGGCGACGGCGUGAAAGCCUUUGUGGCCUCGGUGGAGCCGGAGAAGUGGCGAGUUGAUCUGGUGCUCCACCCCCCGGCUUCCCAGCUGGAGCUCAAUUCCUGGCAGGCUGCUGGCACUGAAGUGACUGGUGUGGUUGUGGGGAUGCAGGCCCACGGCAUCGUCGUGGACAUCGGGGCAGAAGCGGGUUUGGUGCACCUCUGGCAGCGAGGCGGCAACGAGGUGGCUGUGCGAGAGGCCCAAACUGCGAGCAUCGACGAGACUCAUCUCCCUGGCAACCUGUCUGCGUUGCCGAAGCCGCUCUUCGCGCGCGUGCUGCUGCAGAGCCUAAACCUGGCAGACUUGGGUCACUUGACUCAUGCAUCAAGAUCAUUGAGAGCUAUGUCAGAGGAGGCUUCGAACAUUUUCUGGGACCUGCGGAGCCUUUGCUGCUUCCAUACCCGCACACGCUUCGAUGAAGACGGCUGCAUCCUUGGCGUGGGUGUUGGUAUCACGGAGGAGGACGGCCGGUAUCACCUGACCUGCGAUUUCGAUCCGCUCUCGCAGCUGGCUUUCCACCAACUCGGUGUUCGCAAAGGCGUCUGGAGAAACCAAAUCUCAUACUGGUUACCUUUGGCCAUCGAUGCCCUGCAUUUCCACCGGGCGAAGCCUUCCUUGAGCAAAGUCCUCCAAGUGCUGGGCACCGGCAAAGUGGCCGAGCAGACGCGCUCUUUCGGGCCAAAGCGGCGGCGCGUUGAAGAAAACUCGGAGCCCAACCCAGCUCCGGGCUUCCAUGCCUUGCUGGAGCUUUGGGUGACGAAGUCGGAGGCGGUAAAGGCCGAGUUCGAGGCUUUCCGGGCCGGGACCCUGCCGAGCUUCGACCCAAAAGUGGUGCUUUCGGUGCUUCCGAAGCUGAUGAACUCCCAGGUGGUGCUUCUGAUGAAAGGUGAGACCUGGGCAUCGCAGAAGGCCCUCAGCGGCUACAUGGGCUUCCACCACCUCCUGCUGUCCAUCUGCCGCGAGGAGCCGGCGGUGCAGACAGAGCUCGAGAAGCGCAUAAGCGACUUCGUGGCAGCCGAGGAAGAGAGGGUGAAGUCGAAGGUCCCCAACUUGGGGGAAUUCAUCUGCCUGAUUUCGGCAUCUGAGAAGCACGACUGGCAGUCGGUUGCAGAGCCCCUCCUUGCAGAGGUCUUCGACAGAAACGUCCUCUGGCUCCUGAAGAAGCACCCGCAUUUGGGCCAGCUGAGCGAUGUGGGCAUCAGCCGAGAGCGGCUCCGGGCCAGCUUCCAGGAAGCCCUCGUCUCCCUUCGACUGAUCAUGUUCAACGCCUGGUUCCUGAAGAACGUCGCAAGGACUGGGGAGGAGGGCGCCAACUCGGCGCUGCUCCGCUAUGAGCGGACCAAGGGGGUAGCACCCAAGGACCAGAUCGAGGCGGUGCACCGGGCGGUGCGGAGAAUCUGCGAGGUGAGCAGCUGGGAGGCCUACUUCGACACCCUCGGCGUCCGGCGCGUGGCUCCCUUGGAGCUGUGCCGUUGGCUGCGGCAGAGCGUCUUGAACUCUUCCCGCAAGGGUUACCACCGGCGAGGCCGCUUCCCAACUCGCGCCAGGCCUGUCCGGAAUGCUCCCGCUUAG